AGUUUUCCACGUCUUUCUCGACACCAGAACUGGAGCUUGCAAAGGCAAUUUUUUUCAAAUCUAAAGAGCUGGUGAUUAAACGAUCUAAUGUCAGCGGCCGAGUUGCCCGAAGUAGUUAGCCAAAGUACAACACGAAAUGACAUUUUCGUUUUCGCGAGCAGCCGAUGUACCCGAUGACCAGAAAAAAACGUUGAUGGAUACCGUGCAGAGAUGCAACACCGAAGGAAUAGCCAAAAUCUCACGAUACUAUCGUGCACUUCAAUCCUCAGCAAAAACUAACAACAAAUUCUACUUUUCCUAUUCGAAGCUGCGAACGACGAGUGCAAAUUCGUGAAGUGCACCAAGCUAUUCAGGCCUCCAUUCGUCGACAUCUUUUUCGUUAGGCCUCGACCUUGAAGAGAAAAAACAACCCAACGUCAGGAGUUAAUUGAACUAAUAAACGAUGUAAGACACACGCGCGUAUAUUUUGUAACGACAUCAGCGCAUAGACGAUGUGUUGUAAUUGAAUAAAGCCAAUUUUCUUUUUGCGCAUAAGCAGUGCGGCUGCACAUGUGUGUCCAAGAGUGAAUCAAGCUCCUUAUCCCCACCUUUCCACAUUUCGAAUAGUCUGCGCCUUACCGCACGUGAAGAAACACCGGUGCGGAACGUCCGUCGAUCCAGGCGCGAAGAAUUGGCACAGCGCGCGCGCGCGAUAGUAUCUCUAGUUGGUAUAGAGAAAAUUUCAGCGAAAUUCGAUCUUUUUUUACUCGCACUCGUUCGAUAAAAAUCGAAGCAACGAUUGAGCGAUCGGCUUAUCUUUUUCUCAGCUAUAUAAGAAGUCGUCGCUCGAACGAGUGGAUUCAGUUGUGUUUUGUGUGUAUGUGCGUGUGUACAUGAGCCAAGCGCCGUCACGAUGAAACGAUUUCUGAUCCUCUUCAUUUUUUGCCUCACGUCGCCACUGGGACGAGCCGACAUUUACGACGACACCGUGACAUGCUUGAAAGAACGUGGGCUCAAGGAGACCGACAUAAGGAUACUGGACGCCGUCGGUGAGCCUGGAAACGAGCACAUACUGAAAGAUGCCCCGAAGGACAAACUGGUCGACGCCAUUGCCUGCAUCUUCCGCAAGGAUCACAAAACCAACAAGGCCCUCUUCGGCACCCUCACGGAGCUCAUCAACAUGGAUAGCGAAAUCGACAACAACAAGAGGAAGGAGCUGCUGGUGACCUUGAACGCUUGCAAUAAAAAAACUGAUGGAAAUGACACCAAUCUCUUGAAAUGCCUCGAAGCUACUCAGCCUCCAUUCGACAAAUACGCCGCUAUAAUUCGCGAUGUGACGAACGUCAUCAAAGAGUGCUUCUUCUCGAACAAGCUGACAUUCAGUGACCUACGCUACAGAAAGAUGCUGCACAGGGAGUCGGUGUCGGAGGUGCUGAAACACGUCGGCGAGGACAACAUCACCUGCGCCAUGACCUGCGAAUUCGACAAGAAUAAGCACGUUUACAAGGACAUGGAUCCGAACGAGACUAUUCACAAGAGGCUCGAGACGCUGAUCACUAAGAGCAGCCUACCGGAGGAGAAGAAGAGGGAAAUGAAGGAGACCCUGGACCGAUGCGAUCACCAAGCCCGAGGAGACUCUUGCAAGUUCGGAAAGUGCGUCAAGCUGAUGAGGCCGCCGUUCGUGCAGCUGUAUUUUAAAAACCCCUGAAGAGUGUAAUAUAGCUCGAGCUUAAGGUCGCAGCUUAGCGCUGCCCCAAUAUAACUCCAACAUAUACGUAAUAAAAUUAAACAUAGACGUAGAAAGCCUACUGCAUUUUUAUUUGUGCAUCGAAUCUACACCUGUUUAUGCUCCACGCACUGGAAUUUCCAUUCACCUCGGCCAUAAUAUAAGCUCCCUCUAUGACGUCGGUCAUUUUUGAUUCCUAAAGAGAUGAUCGUCUAUACCGCGAGCAUAAAGAGCUUCAGCGCGACGACUCAUCUACGCGAACUGCAGUUGCAAUUCUUCAAUCAUACCUAUCGCACGUUAUAUACGAGAGAACGUUAUAGCCCCUGCGAGAGCACAGCCUUCGAAAUGAAAAGCUUCUUGAUUAUCCAACUGAUCUGCCUCUCCGGACUAUUGCGCGCGGUGAACGCGGAGAGCGUGACGACGUGCCUGGUAAAGAAUGGGAUAAAAUCCAUCGACACGGCGACUUUCGAGGAGGUGGUCAAGACGAACGGCGACGCUUUGAAAACCGUGGAUAAGCAAGUCGCCUGCGUGAUCGCCUGUGCUUUCGACGACUUCACGCAGAAGAAAGAGUCGAUCUACAAUUACCUCACGAGGAUAAUAAAGAAAGAUCUGGACGACGAGUACUCGGCGAGCGAACGCAAAGAGAUGCUGGAUAUUUUGAAUUACUGCAAUGGUCUAGCUUUCGGCAACGACUGCAAAUUUCUGCAUUGUAUCAAUGUGACCAAGGCCCCGUUCGCCGAUUUGAUUUUAACAGUCGGCAUCGAGGACAGUGGAAAGGGCGAAGAUCAGAAAAUGUUUAUGUAGACGCGAUGUAGCACUCGUGUGCACCAAAAGUAGUUUGAUAUUUGUUAAAUUAUUGUCGCAUUAUUCAGAAACGAGAUUUCCAUUAAAACGUUGUAUAACUUUUUGUACAAAGUGAUAAAUAUGCCGAACUAAUGGCUAUAUGUAUAAUAAGUUCCGACAUUAUAUUAAAGAAGUGCCUUAU